CUAACACAUGGCUGCAAGCCCGACCAUUACAUACGUUCGUUGUUUCAUUCACUUUGCUUUGCGCGCCUCACAUCAAAAGGCAUGGUGCACGCCAAGUGCACAUAGUGGCUUUGCGUGCAAUUGUGCAAACCCAACGAGAUAAUUACCGUUGCAAGGAGAUAUAGAGCUACUUACCAAGACACUUCCUUGCAGACUCAGAAGUGCUUCUUACGCUCGCAUCGCUGAUCGACAGCGCAUUGCCACCAGGGCAGCGUAUAAGUAAUGUCGUUCUUGGCUCCCAGCUUAGGCGUCGCGCGGGGGAUUCUGGAGCCGGCGAGUGCAGCGAGGCCGCCUGCGCACGCGGCCGGUCACGCACCCGUUCUAACAAGCGAUAGGACUGGUGGACCUGCCGCUAAUCAUGACAGGCCUGCCGGUGCUCCCAGCCCCCAUGCGGCGUCGUUGACGCCCUCCAGCAGCGGGCAAGCAAGCCAGCAAGGCGACCCCCAGCGCUCGCAGCACCAGCAAGCGCAGCGCCAGGACCAGCAGCAGUCGCAGUCGCGGUCGCUCCAAUCACACCUCAUCACCGCGGCCACGCUGCUGCCAGCCCUGCCGCCUCCGCCUCCCGGCGGCAACGGCGACGGCGAUGGCGGCGAAGCUGCGGGGCCGCAGCCGCUCGCGGACGUCGCGGCUCAGCCGCCGGAGGUUGUGCUGACGCUGGCGUCGUUCGCGGUGACCAAGCUGGCGUACGUGCGUGUGACGCGCGCGUUCCGGGAGUGGUACGAGCGCACGAAGGGCGUGGAUGUGCGCUUCCGCCUCACCUUCGCCGCCAGUGGCGUGCAGGCCCGCGCCGUGAUCGAUGGCCUGCCCGCCGACAUCGUGGCCCUGGCGCUGCCUCUGGACCUGGACAAGAUCGUGUCGGCGGGGCUGAUCCGGCCCGACUGGCGCAGCGCCUACCCGGCAGCCAGCGUGGUGUGCGAGACCACCGUGGCGUUCGUGGUGCGCCAGGGCAACCCCAAGAACAUCCGCACCUGGGAGGACCUCACGCGGGCGGGUGUGGAGGUGGUGCUGGCCAACCCCAAGACCGCCGGAGUGGCCAGGUGGAUCUUCCUGGCCCUGUGGGGCGCCAAGAUGAAGAAGGGCAACGCCGCCGCGCUGGCGUAUGUGCAGCGCGUGUUCGAGAACGUGGUGGUGCAGCCGCGUGAUGCGCGCGAGGCGUCGGACGUGUUCUAUAAGCAGAAGGUGGGCGACGUGCUGUUGACGUACGAGAACGAGGUGAUCCUGACCAACGAGGUGUACGGCGACAAGGCGCUGCCGUACCUGGUGCCCUCCUACAACAUCCGCAUCGAGUGCCCGCUGGCGCUGGUGGACAAGGUGGUGGAUGCCCGCGGCCCCGAGGUGCGCGAGGCGGCGUCCGAGUUCUGCCGUUUCCUGUUCACGCCCGCGGCGCAGCACGAGUUCGCGCGGCUGGGCUUCCGCGUGAACCCGCGCACCUGCAAGGAGGUGGCGGCGCAGCAGACCGGACUGCCGCCCGCAAACCUGUGGCAGGUGGACAAGGAGCUGGGCGGCUGGGCUGCGGCCCAGAAGAAGUUUUUCGACGCUGGCGCCAUCCUCGACGACAUCCAGUCCGCCGUGGGCAAGCUGCGUGUGGAGCAGCGCAAGGCGGCGCAGGCGGCGGCCAGGCGGUAGAGAGACGCGGUACAAGUGCUCGGGUGCUCAGCAGGAGCUGCAGCAGGGGCAGCAAGAGGGCCUUGACAGGAGGGAAUGGUAGGCAGAGGCGGCAGGGGAGGCGGGAUGGCGGGAUGAAGUGAGGGUGUGCAAGCAGCGAUGUGUGCCAAGGACGGUGUCGGCGAUGUACAUGAUAACAUGAGGAGACAGGAGCAUCUCCUGGCAGGAGGCGGCAGCCGUGGAGUGUCUGAAAGGAGAACUUGAUUGCUCAGUCUGGGAAGAUAACGGAGGGCGGGGUGUGGGGCGUGGGGCUUAUCGGUGUGCUUCUAUGGGGAGGCCUGACUGCAUUGGGGGCGACGUAGUGUGAUGGCCGCUACACGCUUGCUCGGAACUGACAUAAACAGGCGUUCAGGCCAUGGCUGCAUGAGGCUUGAUGUCGUAUCGCGGACUGUCCGGACUUAUGCUUGGGGAACCGUUGCGUAAGGCGGGUGGCGGCAGGCCAGCGGCACGCCGCCCGCCUUUUGGUGUAGCCGUUAAAUACGGAGCGCGACGCAACGCUCGGCGAGUAGCAGGAUACUGGGUGCUCCGUCGUUGAGUUUAAAUGCGGUGGCGCACAUGCGGGAGUGCUAUCUAUGCACAGUAGUCCUCGAGUAUUCUUCGGCAUGUUGAUUGUUGAACGCUUCGCGUCAAAUACCCUUGCCUCUGACAGGCACAAGCAAUAUAGAGUAU